UUAUAAUAACAAUGUCCUCUGUAAACUUUUAAGUUCAUGUAAAACGUUAUUAGAUUUUUCUUCUUCCACAAUAAUAAAAACAAACAUCACAAUUUGGUUAUUCAGUUGCACCAUUUUCUUUUCAUCCAGGUGAGUCUCUAUGUUUUUCUUAGGGCUGAUUUAUAUUACGAUAAAGAUUUACAUAUUGGUCCAUAUAAUUAUUUUUUGCGUUAAAUUAUUAUUUGAUUUGACUUUGUUUCUGAGUGAAGGUUGCAGUGUUAAACUCUUUUUUAUGAGCAGAGAAGGACGAAGACUUGAUGAACAGCAACAUAUUUUAUAAACGUGAUGAAGAUCUUCUGCACAAAUGUGUGAUGAAGAUGUCUGGAUUUCUCUUCAGUGGUCACUGUGGUGGAUUACAGAAUGAAUUCAACGAGCCUCAGUUGUCCUUACUUGGGUAUACGAGGUUAUUACAACAUGGAUCUGGUGACAGAGAAGAUUCUUGGUCUCACGCACAUUCUGACGGUCAAACCAAAAAGCAUAAAGUACAACAGAAGCAGUUCAGUGUCAUACCAAAUGGGAGGGAGCCGAUGGCAGUCUGCGUCACUGUAUAGGUUGUAACAAGAUGUCCUUUAUGCUCAUGCGAUACAGACUCUCAAGUUUCACCUUAUCUCAACACCAGAGACAGGAUGGCAACUCAAUACACAUAACAUUUAAUCUUAAAGGAUGGUCUAAGACUAACAAUUUCAAAUGUAUUUAUUGAGAUAAUUAUUAAUUUAUGUUUUUUUAUUGCACAGUCCUAAGUUGUAGGAUGGUGUUUUGUGUUAUUAUCCUUAUAGUGAGACACAAAAACCACAAAACAGUUUCCUGCUCACUCAGUGACAGGUCUUCACUGCCUGGUAAGACCUGUCAUGUUCAGCUGGUAGCCUCAUGUAUUUCAUCAGACCUUCUGGAAGGAAUCUAACUGAGCGAUAACAAGAUAUAAUUCAUUUACACAACAAUCACAGUUCACAGUAUUUGUAUAUAAUUUGUCCAUACAGUAUGGUUGUACUUACAGUAGCCAGCUUCUGAGCGGACACAUUUAGCAAAGCAAUAGUUUUUAUAUUAAAAUUAGAUCCACGGUUCUGUAAGGAAUCAUGAAAGAAAAAAACCCUAAAGAUAAAGAAUUUUAACUUAAGUUUGAUACUUUACAGUUUAACAUGAACCUUUUUUAAAUAAAAAAAAAACUAAUCUAGAAAAUUAAAUCAGAAAUACAACCACAUAUAGAGAAAUUUGAUUAAGAAAAUAGACACACUUUUCUCUUUCAAAUCUGAACAUAAAUGAUAAUUUUUUCUACAUUGUCUGUUCGAAAUAAAAGUUUUUGAUAUUGGUAAACAUAAAAAACACUGAUGAGUUGUGAAAGGCCCAUUUUGGGUUUAGGGUUAGUUUUAUGAGCCAAAGAAUAAAUGGGUCAGGCUCUGUUAUAUUCUAUUUAUAGCGUCAAUCUAAGCUCAGAAAUGAAGCUGGUUCAUUUCCCAUGUAGUGAUACUUGUUACUCUAUUGGUAUUUAUCUUUACUUCCAGGGUUCGCCAUGGCCUUGAAAAGGAGACGGGCGACAUCCCCUUCUAGCAGUGUGAGUGGAGGAGAUCUUGACGAUAACCCAACUGCAGCGUUAGUGACUUCAAUUGGGCGAAAGAGGAGAAGGACCGCAAACAUACCGACUGUGGAUCCUAUCGCUGUAUGUCACGAACUGUACAACACAAUCAGAGAUUACAAGGAUGACCAGGGCAGGAUGUUGUGUGAGCUGUUCAUCAGAGCCCCGAAACGAAGGAAUCAACCAGACUACUACCAUGUGGUGUCUCAGCCGAUUGACAUGAUGAAAAUCCAGCAGAAAUUAAAGAUGGAGGAGUACGAUGACGUUGAGCAAAUCACCAGUGACUUUCAGCUGUUGUUCAAUAACGCAAAAAAAUAUUACAAGUCCGACAGUCCUGAGUACAGGGCAGCCUGUAAACUGUGGGACCUCUACCUGCGGACCAAGAAUGAAUUUAUCCAGAGAGGAGAUUAUGAUGACGAUGAUGAUGAUGGCUACGACGCACAAGACAACCCUGCAGUCACCACUGAGGACGAGAGUGCACCAACCUGUUUGAAAGAGCUCCUCGAGCAGCUCCUUGACGCUGUGGUGUCAUACACUGAGCCGACUGGACGUCUGGUCAGCGAGCUGUUCCAGAAGCUUCCCUCCAAAAUGCAAUACCCAGAUUAUUACGCCAUCAUCAAGGAACCAAUCGAUCUGAAAAUAAUCGCUCAGAAAAUUCAGUUGGGCCAGUACAGGAGCGUCAGUGUCAUGGCCAAAGACAUCGAUUUGCUGGUGAAAAAUGCCAAAGCCUAUAAUGAGCCUGGGUCACAGGUGUUUAAGGAUGCAAACACCAUUAAAAAGAUUUUUACACAAAAGAAGUCUGAGAUGGAACAUGGAGAACCAAUCAAGUCCAGCAUUCGCAUCAGGAAUAGAAGGACAGCACAAGGAGACCGCCUCUCAGCUAUCACAAUGGCUCUCCAGUAUGAAAGCGAUGAGGAAGGCAUUCUCUCUGGGUCCGUUCACUAUGACGAGGGGGAGUCCGAGGCCGAGAGUAUGACCUCGAACAUGGACAUGAGCAACCCGAUCUUCCAGCUGUAUGAAGCUGUGCGAGGUGCGAGGAACAGCCAGGGUCAACUGAUCUCUGAGCCCUUCCUGCAGCUGCCCUCCAGGAAGGACUAUCCGGACUACUACCACCAGAUUAGCCAACCCAUUUGUCUCCAUCAGAUCAAGAACAAGAUGAAGAACAACGAAUAUGAGAGCGUGGAGCACAUUGACUCUGACGUGACGCUCAUGUUCGAGAAUGGCAAACGUUACAAUGUCCCUCACUCCUCCAUCUACAAGCGUGCGCUCAAGCUCCAGCACAUCCAGCAGAUUAAGAGAAAGGAACUGUUACAGAGAGAUGAAGAUGACGGAGACAGCAUGCUCUCCUCUGCCACCUCGGACACCAGUAGUACAAAAAGAAAAAGUCACAAGAAGAAUACAAGGAAAAACCGGAUGAAAACUCUUUUAGCCGCGGUGACUGAAGCGCGAGAAGCCGUCACCAAUCGAAGACUGUGUGACCUUUUCAUGUUCAAGCCCUCUAAAAAGGACUACCCCGACUACUACAAGGUCAUUCUGGAACCGAUGGACCUCAGGACCAUCGAGCACAACAUUCGCUCAGAUAAGUACAUGACUGAAGAUUCAAUGCUGGAAGAUAUGAAGCUGAUGUUCCGCAAUGCACGGCACUACAAUGAGGAAGGCUCCCAGGUCUACAAUGAUGCUGAUGUCUUAGAGAAGAUCAUGAAAGACAGACGCAAGGAUCUUGGUCCAUCGACUGAUGACGAUGACAUGAUGUCUCCAAAGUUGAAAAUAAGAAAGAAUAGUAUUACUUUGAAGAAGUCCAAGUAUCUAACACCCUUACAGCAAAAGCUGAAUGAGCUUUACGAGGCUGUGAAGAACUACACAGAUAAGCGGGGCCGUCGUCUCAGCACCAUCUUCCUGCGGCUGCCGUCUCGUGCCGAGCUGCCUGACUACUACAUAGCCAUCAAGAAACCUGUGGACAUGGAGAAGAUCAAGAGCCAUAUGUUGGCUAAUAAGUACCAAGAUGUGGACGCGCUGGUAGAGGACUUGGUGCUCAUGUUCAACAACGCCUGUACGUACAACGAACCAGAAUCUCUGAUUUACCGCGAUGCUCUGAUGCUGCACAGGGUGCUGCUAGAGACAAGGCGUGACCUGGAGGGUGGAGACGACGCCCACGUGCCCGAUGUGCCCCGACUCAUCCAGGAACUUGUCCGCAGCCUCUUUGUUUCUGUGCUCAGUCACCAGGAUGACGAGGGCCGAUGCUACAGUGACUCACUUGCUGAAAUUCCCGCCCUUGAUCCUGCCAACCCUGAGAAGCCACCUCUCAAUUUUGAUAUCAUCAGAAAGAAUGUAGACGGAGGGCGUUACAAGAGGUUGGACGUUUUUCAGGAUCACAUGUUUGAAGUGUUGGAAAAAGCCAGGCGAUUGAAUAGGACCGACUCUGAGAUCUUUGAAGAUGCUGUGGAGCUGCAGCAGUUCCUAAUCCGCAUCAGAGAUGAGCUGUGUAAGAAUGGAGAGAUCUUGAUGUCUCCUGCUCUCAGCUACACCUCCAAACACCUGCACAGUGAUGUGGAAAAGGAGAAGAAAGAGAAGCUACCCAAGGAGUUCGAAGAGGACAAAAUCAAGAGGGAAGAAGAGACAAGGGAAGCGGAGAAGAGGGAGGACUCAGCUGGCGGAUCAUGGCAGUCCAACCUGCAGCGCACGUACAGUCAGGACUGCAGCUUUAAGGACAGUAUGUACCAUGUGGGAGAAUAUGUGUAUGUGGAGCCUGCAGAGCCCAACCUCCAGCCCCACAUCAUCUACAUUGAACGCCUGUGGCAAGAUGACACUGGUGAGAAGUGGCUGUAUGGCUGCUGGUUCUACAGGCCAAACGAAACCUUUCAUCUUGCUACUAGAAAGUUCUUAGAGAAGGAAGUCUUUAAGAGCGACUUUUACAACAAAGCUCCCAUCAGCAAGAUUCUGGGCAAGUGUGUGGUCAUGUUUGUGAAGGAUUACUUCAAGCUUCACCCAGAGGGCUUCAGGACAGAUGAUGUGUAUGUUUGCGAGUCGCGCUACUCGGCCAAAUCCAAGUCCUUCAAGAAGAUCAAGAUGUGGACGAUGCCCCUGAGUUCGGUUCGGUUUGUUCCUAGAGAGGUACCCCUCCCUGUGGUCCGUGUGGCGUCCAUGUUUGCCCCCAAACAAGAGGAGAAACCACCAGAGAUGGCUGAUGAAAGCAAAAUGAUAGAUGGUAUUGUAGACAAGGAGAGGGAGGAUGUUACAAUGGAUAUGAGCAAUGGAGAGCCAGGGUGUCUGUACUACGAGCAGCUCUUCUACAACAACCUCUGGCUCAAAGUGGGAGACUGUGUCUACAUUAGAUCUCAUGGACUAGGGCUCCAACGUGUGGGCAGGAUUGAGAAAAUGUGGAUGCGUGAUGGAGCAGGCUACUUCUUCGGACCCAUUUUCAUUCAUCCAGAAGAAACCGAGCAUGAGCCCACUAAGAUGUUCUACAAAAAGGAAGUGUUCCUCAGCAAUCUGGAGGAGAAUUGCCCCAUGACUUGCAUCAUAGGGAAGUGCAUAGUGUCAUCCUUCAAAGACUACCUGUCAUGCCGGCCAACUGAAGUGCCUGAAGAGAACGUCCUGCUCUGUGAGAGCCGCUACAUUGACUGUGAGAAGCAGAUGAAGAAAUUCAAGGGGCUCAAGCGCUUUUCACUCUCUGGGAAGGUGGUGGAGGAUGAAACCUACUAUUUUAGAAAGCUUAUUGUGCCCCAGAAGGAGCCAUCACCUCUGCUGGACAAGAAAAUAGAGAAACUGGAGGCUAAGUUUGCUGACAUGACUGAUGAGGAGCUGGAGGAUCUUGGGGAUGAUGAUGGAGAGCUUGGGGACCAGUCUCUUCCUCUGAUGCAAUCUUCCUUGUCUAGUGACAUGGAUAUCAUACCUUACACUCCUCUACAGUCUACACCUAAAUCCAUAAAAGGCCUCUCAAAGAAGGAAGGCUCAAAGCGGAAGAUCAACAUGAGCGGUUACAUCCUGUUCAGCAGUGAGAUGCGAGCGGUCAUCAAAGCCCAGCACCCAGACUUCUCCUUUGGGGAGCUGAGCCGGCUCGUUGGAACAGAGUGGAGGAACCUGGAGAGUUCCAAGAAAGCAGAGUAUGAAGAGCGAGCAGCUAAAGUGGCCGAGCAGCAGGAGCGUGACAGGGCCCAUCAUCAGACGUCCCCUAGAGCAGGUACCCCAGUAGGGGCAGUGAUGGGGGUGGUGCCUCCCCCAACCCCUAUGGGGAUGCUAAAAUCCAGCAUGCUGCUUGUGUCAGGUGUCAAUGGUAUGGGUGGACAUGGAAACAUGCAUGGUUCCCAGAUGGGCUCAGGGCAAGCUCCACCACCGUAUCCAGGACAAGGCCAACCUGCACUCCAACAACCGUCCACCCCAGUGUUUGUGUCCCCACCAGCCAAGUCUCAGCGGCUGCUCCACUCGGAGGCGUACCUCAGAUACAUCGAGGGCCUAACUGCAGAAUCCUCCACCAUUAGCAAGUGGGACCAAGCCCUCUCAGCUCAAAAACAAGACGUGCGCCUGACAAAAGAGCAGGAGAGCAGACUGCCAUCCCACUGGCUGAAGAGCAAGGGCGCCCACAAGACAAUGGCAGAUGCCCUUUGGCGACUCCGUGACCUGAUGCUGCGAGACACCCUGAACAUUCGUCAGACGCACAACCUGUAGCAUGCCCGUGUUCUGAGCCUCUGACCCCGAACCUGUGAGACAGGAAGAGGGUUAAAGCUCGCUAAAAGUGUUCACUUUGUAUUGUCAUUUAAAGAAAUGUGUUUGUACUUGUGUAAGCUGCUUUCUGUGUUGAAGCUGUUGCUCUUUUUGUUUUACAUUUCAGAUAUACUGUUCUAAGUACAUGAUUGUUGAGACUGUCAUUCUGUGAUGAAUGCCUUCAUGCUUUCACGAUUAAAAUGUGAACAGUUCAGUUUUGUUGUGUUUACUUAACUGGUUCUGCUGUAUGAUGUUUGAGAUGCAUCACUUGAACUGUCACUUGUAAAGAACAAUCACACAAAAGGAAACUACUCAAAGACAUUUCAAGACAGUUAAGGCUUAAUAACCCUUAACUGUGACAAGGAAUGAUUACUGUUAAUAAUAAAAACUGUUGAGAUCA